CCCAUGUACUCUCCUCUCCUUUACAUUUCUACUCCUUUUUCUUUCUUUCAUUUCCACCACCAUCAUUACAUUGACUACCGCCGCCGCCGACGACAAUGUUCACCACCGGCCGCCGCUCAUUCCUCUUCAACUUCUUUUCACUACUCUCCAUCCUCCUCCUCCACCUCGGAUGCUUCACCUUCUCUUCCCGCCACCGCCGCCGUGAUUCCUCCUCCACCUCCUCUUUCUUUAAGAAGAAACUCACCCGCCCGCCAAAACCAGGUCUCGUCUCUUUCCUCCGCCGCCUCUUCUCCUCCUCCAUCAACCACCACACCCCAACACAUCCACCAACCUCCAUCCCCUCUCCAUCUUCCUCCACGCGCUCCUUGCGUCUGAACCCACCCCCCACCACCACCACCACCACCCACCAAUCAGACACCACCACCACCACCACAAAUCAAAUACACCCAUGCUCCGUCUGCGGCGAGAUCUUCCAUAACACAAACCUCCUGAAGCACCACCAGUCC